AUGGAGCGGGACGGCGAGCUGGCCACCUGUGUCAUCGACGCCACGACGGCCUCCGCGUACCUGGCGCAGAUGGGCGUCGCCAUCCAGAAGGCCGCGAAGGGCUGCCCCCUGCAGGACUCGCUGAAGAGCCUUCCUGGGGUGGAGAAGUUGAACAACAAUAUCUGCGCAGGCGCAGUGAUGGAAAUCAUCUCCAGCCUCUUCAACGUGGGCGCGUUCGUGGCCAGCGCGAUCUCGCACUGCGCGCUGGGCAUCAACACGCAGGCGCUGUGCGCCCAGGGGGCCGUCGGCGUGGUCGCGGCCACGGCCGAGCUCGUGCGGUUCCUGAUCGACAUGUCCUCCGCCUGCUCCGAGUUCCCGCCCAUCCUCGAGGCCAUCAAGAAGGGGUCCUCGCGCGCGCGCUAG